ACAGCCCAUUAACUAUAAAUUGUUGUGAGCUUUUACAUUUCUCAGUUCUUUCUUUCCUUGCUCGCCCAAGAUUCUUCAUUGUUCUACGUUUCUUGACUCUUCCUCAUUCAAGCCGAUCAAAGGGUCGGAGGGAUGAGUGGUUUACAAGCACAAGACAGUGCGUGUUCUUUGGACAAGCCAAGCAAAGAUGUAGUUGCCACAGAGACAAAACCAAAGAAGAGGAUAUGUUGUGCUUGUCCUGAUACAAAGAAACUUAGAGAUGAAUGCAUUGUAGAACACGGUGAAUCCGCUUGCACGAAAUGGAUCGAAGCUCAUAUUUUGUGUCUUCGAUCAGAGGGUUUCAAAGUUUGAGAGUAAUUAAAAACAGAAUUUCAUGUAUCAAAAAACAUAUUGUUGAUUUUAUUCUUUUUGGGAAUUUAAACAAAUGGUCAUGUAAUAAAUAGAGCAACUAAAAGGUUAUAUAUUGGUCAAAACUCUAGAUACACCAAUAUAUUUAUUUCUGAUUUUUGAUAUAUUUAACUUCUUUAUUUAAUUCCAAAUUUAUCAUUGAAAUAGUAAAAUCAAUUAUAAAUUU